AUGGUCUCACUACACCAAUUUUCUAGAGUUCAAAGACUAGAUAGAAACGAGAGCAAGUUCAAACCACGCAAAUCAUAUUCACAACAGAACAAUCGGAAAACAGAUACUGCUAAGACAAUGUUGGUUGUUAAAGAAUCGGAUAAUAAUUAUCCUUCGAAAAAUGUUGAUCGUUUCAAUUAUUCUAAAAAUACCGAUUCGAAACUAAAUUAUGGAUUGGAAAAGAAGGAGAGUAUGUUCCAACCUCGUGAAUCAAUUUCGCAAAUAAACACACGGAAAUCAACUGAGAAAGUGUUGGCUGUUGGAGAUUCGGAUGAUGAGUCUUCGGAUGAACACUCACCGAGCGAAUUGCUGGCUACUAUCGAAAAGCACGACCAAUUUAAAGCGGAAAAGAAAUUUGCUAAAUUCAUCAAACGCGAAUUUCCUGGAAAAGAGAAAGAAAAACCUUCCCUGUGUUCUUAUCGCGAAUGGUAUCAAGCAUUGAAAAGUGCCACAGAAAAGCUAGAGAAUAGUACCGUGGCUCCUCCUCUUGGCUCAAAUACAAAGAAGCCUGGAUAUCAAUCGUCAAAAGUUGGACCACCGUCACACCUGCCCACCAAUGAACGAAUUCAGGGAAAUGCCAAACGUCACCAUACAGUAACUGGAAAGAAAGUCGAUUCAAUCAACAAUCCUCGAAAUUGGAGUGAUGGCGUCCCUGCUGGAAUUGGACGGAUUCCGAAAAAGACAAAUCAUUUGAGAGAUGAAGGGUUUGAGCCGAAACCAGAGCUGAAAAAGAGCAAUCCAGCACCAAAUCCUUAUUCUGGAACACUUGAUGCUGCUGAGAGAAACUCGAACGAUAACGAGUACGAUCCAACCGAAUUUUAUCUUGGACUUCGUCCUAGUCAUAUUUCAUUUGACUUCAUUAAAGACGAAGCGGACAAACUUUCUUCCGCAGACUUGAUCACUUUUCUCGGAAACAAUGAACAAUUCAAGAAGGAUGCGAAUAGGUUUUUUGUGAAAUUCAUUCGAGAAGAGUUUCCUGAAAAACUCCGUCACAAACCCGACGGGUAUUCCUCAUUUCAAUGGUAUCAAACCUUGAAGAGACGUGCAGACAUGUAA